AGUGCCACUGCUGCUGCCAUGUUUGGCUGCCUGGUGGCAGGGAGGCUGGUGCAAACAGCUGCACAGCAAGUAGCAGAGGAUAAAUUUGUUUUUGACCUGCCUGAUUAUGAAAAUAUCAACCAUGUUGUUGUUUUUAUGCUUGGAACAAUCCCAUUUCCUGAAGGAAUGGGAGGGUCUGUCUACUUUUCCUAUCCUUAUUCAAAUGGAAUACCAGUAUGGCAACUCCUAGGAUUUGUCACAAAUGGGAAACCAAGUGCCAUCUUCAAAAUUUCAGGACUUAAAUCUGGAGAAGGAAGCCAGCACCCCUUUGGAACCAUGAAUAUUGUCCAGACUCCAUCUGUUGCUCAGAUUGGAAUUUCAGUGGAACUGUUGGACAGUUUGGCUCAGCAGACUCCUGUAGGCAAUGCUGCUGUAUCCUCAGUUGACUCAUUCACUCAGUUCACACAAAAAAUGUUGGACAACUUCUACAAUUUUGCUUCAUCAUUUGCUGUCUCUCAGGCCCAGAUGACACCAAAAGUCCAUCUGAAAUGUUCAUUCCAGCAAAUGUGGUUCUGAAAUGGUAUGAGAACUUUCAAAGGCGACUAACACAGAAUCCUCUCUUUUGGAAAACAUAAUUUGAAUAAAAAGCUAUAUGAUGGAUCCUGAAAUUUGUCAUGUUUGGAAGAUGACUCCAUUUGAAAGCACGAAGACAAGAGAAUCAUGAAGCCUAAGUGUAAAAACUGCUUAGUGACUGUGAAACUUAAUUAAAAAUCUUUGUAAAAAAUUA